AUUUCCGAUGUCAACACCGAGAGACAGACGAGAGCUAAUCAGGGCAAAAUUACCCCCUUAUGAGCAUCCCCCACCAUGGAUUCCUCCCCACGAGAGGGAAAACAAUCCUGACUAUAACAGUGAUAUUAGACAGUUCCUUCCAAGAUCCCUGAAAUUACAAAGAUCAAAGGCAACAGAACAGCUUGGUUUCAACAUUCGUGGAGGACAAGAACAUCAUUGUGGAAUAUUUGUAUCCAAGGUGAUGCCAAACAGUGAAGCAGAACUUUUAGGAUUGAGAGAAGGUGACCAGAUCUUAGAUGUCAACCAUAUAAACUUUGAAAACAUUAAUCACUCAGAAGCUGUUGGUGUACUGAAGUCUAAUACCUCCAUAGAUAUGAUUGUUAGUGAUUUUCCUUAUGGUUAUGACAGAACAUAUGAUAAGACAAAAUCAUUAGCAUCGAGUCAUCAACAGUCAUCAAGGAGAUAGCUGUGUUGGAUACAUUUUACUGUGUUGGAUAUUUAGCAUUUUAUUGUGUGGGUGAAGAUAUCUAGAACAUAAGUAAUGUAGACAUAAAGGUUGCGAAAAUAGGAAGUACUGUAGUGUUACAAAAAGUGAGCUUCUUUCAAAAAUUUGUAUAUUAUAUAUGCUUAUGAAAUCAGACACUGAAAACCUUUGAGCUGACAAGAGGGACAGUUUCUAGACAGUUGGUAAAUGUAUUUGAUGAUGUCCUAUCUACAUCCCACAUUUUUGUCAUUAUUAAAGAAUUCGUAUUAUGUAUAUGAUUUUAAGGUCAAUUAGCCUUAAGUUCCAGUUUGAGUUAUUGGCAGAUGUCACAAGUUUGUCCACUUGUUGUUUAACAUUUUUGAAAAUUCUCUUUUUUGAAAUCAUUGAGUUGAUGGUGACUAUAUAUGUACUUGGCCUGAAAAAAAAUUCAAAAGUAAAUUAAGAACUUGUGCUUGGUUCAUAUUCUUACUGAUAAACCAACAUACAUUAAAAUGGUCUCCACAGAUGAAAAUACAACAUAGGAUAAAAAAUAAAUAUUAAUAAUAAAUAACUGAAAAUGUACUGAUUUUCAAGCAAUUUAUUCCUAUACCACUGUUUAAAGUAUUGCAAAUUCUUUAAAUAUCUUCCCAGAAAUCUAUAAUUUUGAUCAAACUUCAAUUACAGAAGUACAUCCAAACUCUUCAGAGUGAAAAUUUCAUAUCUUCUCUCAAUUAUAAAAUGGUUUAGUAGAGCUGUAAAUCUGUCAUCUGAUGCUGAUAAAGGGACAGAUAAUAUUACUUAACAAACAGAUGUUUAAAACAAAACACUGAGUUUGUAAUAACAGUAGAGAUGAUAAUACACAAUGUGUCCAGUUUCUGAUAUACUAGUAUUACCAUUCCAGGACAGGAACAAUGAAAUUAAUUGGAAUUUUGAUCAUUUUAACAUUUUUAUAACUAAUCAUGGACAGUAAAUAUUAAAAAGGAUGAAGGAAAGUUUGUGAUGUUCUACACAUUAAAAAAAAAAUGAUUUGUUUUUAUUUGUCUUCCUAUAAUUUUUAAUUUGUAUUACAUGUUUUAUACAUUUGUAAUUAACUAAAUAUUCACAUUUGUAUUUACUAUUAAUUCAUUCAUGCAACAAUUACCAGCAAUUAUCAAGAAAACUAAACAUGUGGUAUACAUCAACUAACAAACUUAUAAUUGGAGUGACAAAUUUAUUUGAACAUUUUGCGUUUUUUAAGUGGUGUUGGUGAUAAGCUGAUUUUCCAUCCAACAUCAUUUUGAUGCGAAUUCUUGGGCUCAGUUCUAGGACUGCCCUUUUGAAAAAAAUGGCAUUUUUUCAAUUUCUCUAUCUACAUAAUGGACGUUGUUGCACAAAAACAAAUUCUCAUUAUUAAACAUAGAUUUUUAAUGAAUCAAGAAUAACUUUCCGAGCAUAAUUAUCUUAAAUAUUAAACAGACAGAUGAAAAAAUUAGCUUUGUAAGAGUAGCUCAGAAAUUUUAAGGAGACACUAAUUUCUUGUCACAACAUUUUUUUUUAAAGAUACUUUACAGUAAGGUAAGAAAAUCCUGGUGCUCUGAGACUUAUUUCGUUCUUUGCUACAAUUUUAAGAAUUAUAUUUCUUUUUAUAUUUAAAUAUUAGUCAUUACAGUUCACACACAAAAAAUCAUAAUCAUCAAUCAUCAUAAAAACAGUAAUAAAGUUUAACUAAAAUAUUUUCAUUCCUUCGUUAUUUAUUAGUAAAUUAGUGUAAUAACUAAUCAAAGUACCAAUUUGACAUCAUUGUUCAUCCCUGAUCAUGAAAAUAUAUUUAAAGUAGCACAAAGUAGCCAGUACACGAUGAAUAUGUGAAUGUUGCAUUUAUGUACUAAAUUAUAUUGCAAUUUUAUAUACAGUGUGUUGUCUUCAGUUACAGUCCUCAUACAGAUGAAUAUGAUUCAUAUUAUAUCCUGCAUUGUCAGUUAGCUACAACAUUUGAGAUGCUUUUGUAAUAGUUGGAUAAAUUUAUCCUUUUGUAGAACAAAUAAUUAUGCUUAAGAAAGGUUCUUUCUGAAUCUAAACAAUUGCAAAGAAUAUAGGCCAAUAAAAAAUUAUUUUGUUAACUGGUAAUUGUAACUACAUGAAACAUGGUAUAUUUGUAUGAGGACAAAGGCAUUUUAUCAUUAGAUUAUACAUUUAUACUUUUUUGUAUGUGUAUACAGUUGGUAAUUAUAUUUACAUUAUUUUAUUUUAUAUCAAUUUAUUUACACAAAUAUAUAGUUAAACAGAUUUAUUCAUUUUU